AUGCUUGGUCGAUUCGAGACUACCGGAAUACGAAAUAUUGAUCAGUGCUAUGCCAAUAUGCGGAAGACACAUCACAAACUCUUGACGGUAUCUGAUUCGGAAUCCUCGAUAAUGCACACUAACUACACGCUUAUGCAGCUUCGUAAAUGCAAUACUCUAGAUCCCCUCGCUAUGUUCGCGGGAAUGACCACAAGCGAAUUGAACAAAUAUCUCGUCAUUUCUAUGCUGCAGCGUACAUUAAAAUGCGGGCUUCCGGUUGUUGGUGGAGUAGGAACCCUAGGCCCUAAGCAAGUCACAACAUUCAAGGCUGUGAACUAG